GGUUUGAAAUUGUGCCGCGCGCUCAUGUGGGAAUUAUAAAAUAGCACAUGCCAAUCAUGUAAAAACUGUUCAUCAACAAGGCACGAGCCGGUAGGUUAUUUACCUGCCCUUCGUUUCGGCUAGUUAACUUGAAAUAGCUUAGUCGUGUAACGUUAGUGCAAUGCUUUAGCCAAGACAAACUCACACUAUCCUUUACGUCUUCUUCAUUUUCCUUGACGUCUUCGAUAAUCCUCUUUUUAUCAACUGGAGUGAAGAAAUUUCUUAUGCUUUUCUGUCCAAUCAUUAUGCCCGAGCUUGCAGUGUUUUACGUUAACUUUGAGGAAUGUAUGAGAGAAAGAUAACUUCUCUGCGCCAACUCCGUGCUGCCAGGCUUUGUGUUUUGCAGGCGCUGAGAUGGACCAUUUUGUGACUGCAAGGAGGAAAAGGCAUGAGGGAGCGCUUGAUCAGGCUCCUCACAGCAAGAAGAGCAGAGAAGCUCCUGAAGAAGACCUAGGGGAGGAUUAUGGAGAAGAGGAAGAAAACAGCUCCUUGCUAAAGGAGUUCUCUCAGCCAAUACCAUGGCGGAAAAUAGAAGCAGAGGGCCUGGACUGUGACUACUGCCUAUUGAUCGAGACAGAGGAAGCAAAUAAGCUGUUCAAUGCAUUGGAGAGUGAGAUUGAGUACUUCACAGGUGACCAGGCCAAAGUGCAGGUGUUUGGAAAGUCCUACAAUGUUCCACGGAAGCAAGCGACCUACGGCGAUGAGGGGCUCAUGUACUCUUUCUCUGGGGUGCAUCUGCUUGCUCGACCCUGGACCCCAACGCUGGAGAACAUAAGGGAUGCCGUCACCAAGGCAACUGGGCACACUUUCAACUUUGUGUUAGUCAACAGGUACAAAGAUGGUCUUGACCACAUGGGGGAGCACCGUGACGAUGAGCGAGAGCUAGACCCCAGCUGUCCCAUUGCAUCAGUGUCUUUAGGAGCAGCGCGGGAUUUCGUGUUCCGACACCGCAACAGUCGCGGGGGUGCUAGGAGAGGCGGACCACCGCCAGUCAAGCUAGAACUGGUUCACGGUAGCCUGCUGCUCAUGAAUGCCCCCACCAACACAAACUGGUACCACAGCCUGCCGGUGCGCAAGAAGUGCCAGAUGCCCCGCAUCAACCUCACCUUCAGGCGCAUACUCAAGAAGCUGAAAUGACCAAAGCACCCCAGGCAAGGAACUCUGACAUAUGCCCUAUCAUAACAGGUCUCUCAUUCCCCAACUCUCCUUUACAGGCCUACACUAAUGCAGACUUGAGGACAAGCUCUCAGCCUCACCUGCACUCAUUCAUGGGAAAUAGGAACAACAAACUAUGUGUCUUAAAGAUGUUAAGUUGCGCUUGUUUGUGUCAUUAUGUGUAAAUGUCUUUCUGCAGCAACAAAUAUACAACAAAUAUUCCUUAGUAUAAUUAACACAUUAAAACAUGUUUACAAGGAAAAGUACUUUUAUUUGUUUUUUUUUUAUAAAACCAAUAAGUACAUAUGGAAUAAAUAAGUGAAACGCAACCAUAACCUCUGUACAAGACUUUACUAAUGCAGAGUGAAAAACAAUAAACCAGAAAACUA